CACCGAGAGACGCCGGCGCUGAUUUCGAGUUUCGACGAAGGAGGAUGAUCACCAUCGAACUGCCUUGGGGCGCCGACAAAGCGAUCCAGCAAUUUGGCCGCAUUCAUAGAAGUAACCAAUACUACCAGCCGAGGUUUCAGAUUGUCAUCACGCCCAUCCAAGGCGAAAUCCGCUUUGUCAGUAGUAUCUCGAGGCGCAUGAAGUUGAUGGGCGCGGUGACGAAGGGAGACCGGCACAGCACGAUGGGCGGCGUGGAUGAGUGCUUGGACAGCUUCGACAUCAACAAUGCCUACGGGAAACGCGCACUGGGAUGCCUUUUAGACGAUUUGCGAACAGCGCCGUCAGAGGAACGACGGGAACGCAUCUACGACGAGUUUGACUGGUACAACAAUGAAUGGCACACAGAGACGCAUCAAGCGUUGUCUCUGCUAGACCUCUUCAACAAAGCCAACGCAGACUCGAAAUCUAUCGCCAACCUGCAUCAAGCGGAGCUAGAGGAGUCCAAUAGCGUCAAUCGAUUUCUCAACCGAUUGCUGAUGCUGAAUUUCGAGAUGCAAGACCGCGUUUUCAAAAUUUUCGAAGCAAUCUACGACGACUUGAUUCGCAUCGAUAAAGAGGCGGAUCAGUACAACCCGGGAAAGAUUAUGCAGAUCAACGCAAACAAGUACGAGCGCGCCUAUGUCGACGAAGAGGAGUCGCUGUUUGCCGACAAAAACUACCACUGGGCUAAGACAGUUUUGACCACUCUCAAGUUAGAUCGCGGGAUUUUGUGGGACGUUGUUUGGAGAAAGUUCUUGGAGGAAAUUCUGCCACGGCGAGCGCGGGUAGAGAAAGAGGUGGCGGAAUUUCAGCAGAAAUACGAGAUCGGGCCGUACGCAAGGGCUCCCGCGCGCGGAUACAAUGGUAUGACGGUUAGACAGCAGGCGAUCCGGCAGUUUACGAGGGAGCAGCGAUUUAAUGCUUUGAAACGACGUCUCCGGUUCUUGCGACAUGAAGGGUUUUACUAUUUUCAACCUGUGAAUACGAGAAAUGUGAAGGAAAUAGUACUCGCGAAGUUCGACUUUAGGCGUUGUGCUUAUGAGCUGUGGUUGCCGCAUCGAGGAGUUCAGCGCACAUGGACCAUGCAUAGUCGUAUCACAUUGGAGAAAGUGCUAAACAGUGGCGCAGGGUUCUACCAAAUCGCCUUUCCUGGGGACGAUGUUCAGCGAUACAUCAUCAACAGCGCAUCGUUUAGUGCAGCUGCAGCAAGUGCGAACAAUAACAGCAGUGCUGCGCCAGAUGCAAACAAUGUUGCCGGUGCAGGGGCUUCAUCAUCUUCGUCUGCGUCUGCCGUAGGAGUAGAGGCGCGGGCCGCCAGUGCUCCUGCUGCUGCUCAACAGCAGAAUUAUUUACAUACAACCGCAAUUACCCAAAACGGGGAAAAGAUACUUCGCUUUGAGGAACUCAAACGGUUGUGGCACAAACAGCACGACGCCUCUUUGACAACAUGCUCGCACUUGCAGCGCGGACACCGAUGCAACAACGUUGGCAGCUGCCAGGAGGGCAUGCGACAGCGGCGCGUUCACAUUCUAAAUGGUGCGUUUUUGGAGGUUUGGAACAUGAUAAGUGGAAUUUUGGCUGGAAAAGAUAAGGAUGGAAACAGCAGCUCUGCUAGUAGUAGUGGUCCGGCAAGCAGUUCAGAUCCCCUCAUGGAGAUCUUCUGCGGGUCAGCUUCAAAUAGUCGUAGCUUGACAGGCCGUGCUUCGAUGUCGAAGAUGAAGCUAGUGCGUGCAUCCGUCUCAUCGUUACAGGACGACGAGGAUGUAACUUCAAUUGUGGGCGUCCAAAUCGAGUCGAAGGCGGUCAGUACUCUGUGCUACAUGUUGAAAGCGAUGGGAAGUGAUGCGACAGCGGCAGCCACUGCUGUAGGACAGUCGAAGAGAAGGCGUGGAAGCAGUUUGAUGGAGGUUGAAGAAGUAGACGCCGACCAAAUGAGUAGCAUGCAAGUAGAUCUAGAUGCCACUUCUCCAGGUGCUAGCCAAAUGGCUGGUGAUCAUCGUGUCGCCACACCCUUACGCGUCGGCUCGAGUAGUGCUGCCGCUUCUGGACCAAUUGGAGGUGCUGGCGGUGGAAAGAAGCUUCUAGGAAGUAGUCAAAUAGAAGUAAUGGACCUCGAAGAUCCACAAAGAAGUGCUAGAGGACGCAGUCACAGCAAUGCUGUCGAGAUCAAACUUCCGACGACUGUUAACGUUUUAAGGGCGUUUCAAGACUUCUUCGAAGUUCUCGAGGCCCAAUAUGAGUGCGACGUGGAGUGGAACAGCUGGCUCGACGCCCACAAGGAGCUAGUAAACGACGGGCGGCCGUGGUUGAAUGGGCCUGAGGGCUUGGCUUCUGUCCGCAGACAGAUGGAGAACAUGCUACAGAGGGGCAUUCUCAAGAGGCUAUUCCAGAUGGGUCGCGCCAAAGGCAUGACAGUGGAGCUCCACUUGUUACAGGACUUAGUGCGGCACGAAGAAGAAAUCGAGGAGCAAAGACAAGUGCUGAGUCUGGACACCGAUGAUGAAGGAGCUAACAACAAGGGGAAAAAUGGCAAGAACAAGAAGACUAAGAAUGAACAGGGUACAGGCAGUGACUACGAUAGUGACGCGAGUGUCAAUAUGGACGACAUUUUGGCCGAAGAAAACGAAAAGCGGCAAAGGCAGGGAGCCGAAUUACUAAGACAAAACCUUCGCGCUGCUGCUGGUGGAGGAGCAAGGGUCGGGCAACAAAAUCAAAACUCAUCAUCUUCAUCAUCUGCAACAGUAGCAGUCGCAGGCGCAGCACGUGGAGGCUCCGCAUCAUCAUCUUCCGGGGCUGCGGCAGCUGCUCAGGAUGCAGAUUCGUUAUUAAAGCAACAGAACAUCACCGCUGGUGACGCACUGUCGGCUUUACUAAAUCAGCGAAAAGAACAAGAGGCAGAGAACAAAGAGAAAGCAUCUGAACCUGUAGUCCUCACGGAUUUGAAGGAUGCAAAGGGUGAGAAAUUACUUCUAGCAAGCUCCAUACAGUUUCCACCAAGGAAGAAAAACAUCAACAACAAUAGCAUUCUGAACGCACGACCAGCACCUCCAGGAACAUCGUCGUCAAGCAGCCAUGCAGCUACUUCUACGACGGGUGCGAACAGUGGACUUCUCAGUGGACCACGACAGAGCGCAACUGGGACUACUGGCACAGUGACGAGCAAAGGGCUUCUAGGACCUACAAGAACUGGUGUAGUUGAUAGGAGUUCUAGUAAGAAUUUCGCUGGACGUGGACCUGGACCAGGUUCAGUUGCUCCUUCUCCUGGUCCUGGACCGAGACUCUUGUUGAAGGACGAGAAAAUCACAGCGCAACUGCACAUCGAACGACGGUGGCUGAACUACAUCCAAGCAGGUGCCAAAACCGUCGAAGGACGCAUCAACAAAGCUGCUUAUAAAGACGUGAAAGCUGGCUGUUUCAUUCGCUUCGUCUGUGAAGGACAGUUUUACGACGUUAAAGUCAAGAAGAGAGAAGAGUUUAACGACUUCGGGGCCAUGUUGAUCGCUAAGCAAAUCUCGAAGUGUCUGCCGAACGUCGCCACCCUCAGAGACGCCGUCGACAUUUACCACACUUUCCCGAACUUCAAGGAGGACAGCAGAACACACGGAGUCGUUGCAUUUGAAUUAGAGCGCUUGAGUCGGCAAGCCAUAGAGGAGGCAAAUAGCACAGCUGAUUUUGACUUCUCAGAAGGAGAGGACGAGUUCUUAGUCAUCGAUGACGCGCCGCCAGAUAGUCUGUGGGGUGAGCAAAGUCUUCUGAUGCCUCCGAUGGACACUACUGCGGCAUCUUCUGCCAAUGUCGAGAGGAAGAAAGAUGAAAUUCCAAUAGAAGAUCUUCCAGCUGCACCAAAUCGAAAUACAGGUAUGAGUAACACUAGCGCUGCAGCUGCUGCACCUGCAAGUGCCACUUCAUCUUCAUCAUCUGCACCAGCAGGACAUCAAGUCGCUGAACCAGGUGGACGACCAUUAGGCGCGGCUUUAGGAGGCAAAUACGCCUCAAAUGAUCGAUGGCUAACCGCAGACUUUAGUGCACCGUUGCGGAUGGAUACUUCGGCGAUGGCAAACAAUCAAGACGUAGGUGGAGGACUGGGAGCAGGAGAGCAGAAUCUUAGACCUGGGACUCGGGAACAAGAGGAAGCGCAAAAGGAAAUUGAACGCUUACUUGACUUCGGCCAUGAUAUUCCAGGAGACUUACUUCUAAAAGCAACCGGUGAAACAGGUACGAGUAGUAGUUCUACCAGUAUUAAUCGUCACAUCACGCCAGGAGGAGGUGGAGGGCGAGGUGAGCAAGAAAGUGUGCUGAACCUUGCGAUAUCAGCAUCUGCGCAGGAGCGUCAGGAUGAGGAUGAGCUCAAUCGACUCCUCGAUGCUGGUGAAGAGGUGCCAGCUGAAGUGUUGGAGCGUCUUUUUCCAUGUAAGAACGGUCCAACUACAACUAGAACUAUGGGAGUUGGAAAUGCGCCAUCAUCUUCAUCAACUUGUAGUAGUACAGCAGCGGUAGGAGCUGUUGCCGGAGGCGGAACUGCUGCGGCAGCUAUAGGUGGAGGACCAGCGUCAGAAGUACCCGCUGCACAGGUAGAGGACUCAACCACAACAAAGAGAAACACAUCUAAGAAAGUAGAUCAUGAAGGUGGACCUGCGAUGAAGGACAACAACGAUUCUGAUUGGACAUCGGAUUCAGAGGCUCCGACAGAUGAAUCUUCAUCCUCAGACUCAGAUUCUGACUCCUCUGAUUCAGUAAAGUCAGCAAAGACUGAGAAAGACAACAAUGAGCAAAACAAUGGAGAUGAAGCAGAGUGGAUGAAAGAGGCGCGAGAAGCGGGUAUCUUGCCUUCUGCGGACGAUCUUGAACGAGGAGAGGUCGACCCAGUAUUCAUGCCGAUGGCAGAACCUGACGACGAACCUCGAGAACGAAAGCAGAAGAAAGAGAAAAGCGAGAAGAAGACGAAGAAGAAGAGUGAGAAGAAACAGAAAAAAGGAGCUUUGGGAUGGGAAGGGAAGGUAGCGACCUCGCCUUCUUCCAACUUGAGGCAUGAUAACCGUGAAGCCAAUACUCAUAGAGCCGACGAAGAAGUGAAAGACCGCGCUGUGCUGCAGCUCCCACAAGAGAGCAAGAAUGAUGAUCACCUAAUGACAAUUGAUGAUGGCCCCGCGAACACAACAACUUGUGCAGUUGGCAAUGUCGCUCUUUCAGCACGACAAAUGAUUCCAGUCAAGAAGUUACCGCGAACUUGGCUUAACGUGAAGCCUGUUGUGAAAGACGGGCUUUCCUGGCGUGCACCACCACGCGGCAAUUGUGACUACCUAGGCGAAAUGGAGGAGUACUCUGCAGCGCAAGACGCAUGUCUCCGUCAAAAGUACAACAUCGGCGACGCUUCUGCAGGAGGGGGAAUGCCAUCGGAGCUAGAUCUGAUGCGUUUUUUCACAGAAGAAGAUGAUGUUGAGAUAGAACAGGAGUUCGGCAAGGACGCGAUCUUGCAGCCUUUGGCCUGUCUAGAAGUGUCGGAGAACGAGGCCGAUCCUCUUCCAAAUCGUAUACAAGAGGAGGCCGCAGAAGGAGCCGCGUGGUCUUCACCAUCUACAAGAAGUAGCGCAGCGUUUCAAGCUUCCAAAACGAAUGCGGCUGCGGUGGAUGCAUCAGUAGUAACAGCAGGAGCAGUGUCGCCUUCUGCUGCUCUCCCAGUUACCACGGCCGCGGCUACAGUGAACAACAACACUACAACUGCCUCUGCUAGUAGUUCCUCCUCUUCUAAGCACAUUCUAGACCUUCCCUCCUCUUCGUCCUCAGCGCACCCUGCAAAACAACAUCCAUACGUUCCUGCGCGAUCCACGAUCGACGAUAAGAAAAAGUUAGAUGCACUACUCGCUAGGGCUAACCCACCAGAACGAAAACCGCAAACCCUCGAAGAUUUAGGCCUUCAGCCACCAGCGAAGAAGCAGAAAGUGAACGAAUCAAUAGAAGAAAUGCGAAGUAGAUUGGCUAAAAAAAACUCUUCAACUACGGGACUCUCGCCAAACCUGCCACUGUCCUCGCUGGAUAUGGACCCUCUACUUUUCAGCGGCAGUGUUGUAGGAGCUUCUGCGCAACAAGGUGGUGCUGUUGUGGGCUCUGAUCAACAAGCUGCGUCGGUGUCGCAUGAAGGGCAACCAUUAAGUAGUGCCGGUGUUCCCUCGCUGCGGCAGCAAGCCCCUCCGCGGCCUCAAGCACGACAACAUCCAGUAUCAUCGGAUCAAGGUGGUUCAGCAUCAUCGGAUCAAGGACAAUAUCUAGGUCGUCCAGUGACGGCAUUCGGUGCAGCAGUUGCAGGUCCCUGUGUUGGUACAUCUACUAGUGGCGCUUUACCUUCUGUUCCUGCUCCUGGUCCACCAACUACUGGGUUCUCUGCUCCACCUCCUGCUUCAUGGUUGGUCGAUAGUGACAGAAUAACUACAACACUGAAAAUCCAGCAAAACUAUCUGGACAAGAUUAAGUCCGGUGAGAAGACCGUGGAGGGCCGUGUCAACAGCUCUCAACUGAAGAACGUCAGGGUUGGCCAGUUUAUACGCCUGGAAAGUAAGACGGAAAAAGUUGAUGUCGAAAUUGUCGAGCGACAUCUUUUUCACGAUUUUUGUUCCAUGCUGAAAAAAAUGGGUCUGGAACGCUGUUUGCCUGGUACCCAUCAGAUUUCAGAGGGUGUGCGAAUCUACCACGGCUUUCCAAAGUACGAGACUCUGUCAAAACAGUUAGGUGUGGUGGCGUUUGUGAUAGCGUUGCCGAACUCUACUUCUAGUUCUAGUGAGUCUGCUUCGUCUGCGAUACGAAGAUUACAACAGGCGGGGGGAGUACGAGCUAACAAAUUUGUCGGCGUCGACGAUAAGGAUGUCGGGAAAAUUGGUACGGCGCUGUUAGUACAAGAUACUGCAUCUUCAUCAAACAAGGACAGUUUCACUUCUUUUAACGCAGCUAAGGAUGCACAGCAACAACAGCAGAAUCCUCAUACCGGUUUCGGCGAGGCUGAUUUUGCUUCAUCUCCUCCUCCACAGUCAUCAGUACCUGGAAUGGGAACUAUGCCGAAUAUGUUUGGUGCGUUUGCGACGACGACCACAACAACUACGACGACCACAACCAGCAUGCAUCAGGGCUUUGGUACAGUGCAGGCACCAGGAACGGGCUUUGGUGGGGUAGCGGCAUCGCAAGGGGGCCUUGGUGGUGUGGCGGCAUCGCAAGGGGGCUUUGGCGGCGUAGCAGCAUCGCAAGGGGGCUUUGGCGGCGUAGCAGCAUCACAAGGCGGCUUCGGUGGGGUAGCGGCAUCGCAAGGCGGAUUUGGAGCGCCGUGUCAGGGCGGCUUUGGCGCGCAAGCGCAGGGUGGAUAUGGGGGACCGGCGUCAUCGCCGGGCAGCUUUGGUGCAGCGCCAGUGUCGCAGGGUGGGUUUGGCGCAACAGCGCCAUCGCACGGUGGCUUCGGUGCAGGAGCUUUCUCACAGACCGGUUUCAACGCAGUGCCUCAGCAGCAGCAGCAGCAGCAGGCAGGGUUUGCCGGUCCGUCCACACAGCAGGGCGGUUUUAGUAGCGGCUUCGGUUUCGGGGGGAUAGCACCUUCGCAAGGCAUGAAUGUCCCUCAGGCUGCUCGGGCGGGUUUCGGUAAUACCGGUGGCUUCGGAAAUACAGGAACAGGGGGCUUCGGAAAUACGUGCGGUUUCACUGGUGUGCCGUCGGCUGGUGGCCCAGCAACAACUUCGCAGUUUGCAUUUGGCGGCGUGGCGCCCUCUCAAGGUUUGGGAGGGAAUCCGAAUGCGACUAGUACCGGAACUGGCUUUGGAAGCCCCCAGUUAGCUCUACCUCAGCAGCAGCAGGUCCAGCUCCAGGUGGCGCAGCCUUCAAGCGGAUUUAAUGGCCUUCAUCCUUCGAAUUGUGGCUUCGGGACGAAUUCAAUGCAACCUCAACCAGGCCCUGCACCACCAUACUCGCAGGCGCCAGCCUUCGGUAGCGGAUUCGGGCAAGUACAACAACAAAUGGAGUACAAGCUUAGCAGCAAUAAUUUCCACCCACAAGAAGAAGUACCUGCUUCGUCUGGUGUUGGACCAGCAGGAGUGGCCACAAACAAUCCACCUUCUUCAGGUCCUGGUGGUUUUUUGGGUGUUGCUGGGACACUGGCAGCAUCAGGCGUUGCGGCACUGCAGAGGACAAAGAAUAGCAUGAUCACUUCUUUGUCUAGUAUGAUUCCUGGUGGUCAGCACCAGCAGGAAGGGCAGGUCGCGCAAAGCACUUUGAUGGGCCAUCCGAACGCGGUAGAACAGCAACAAGAGAUCCCAUUACAGUUUCCUGGCCAAUUACAUCAACAGAGACCGACAGUACAAACCAAUGCACUAGAUGAAGUAGAUGGAAAGCUGCAGAGCCAGAGGUUCAACCCGGACUCAAUCCCUGGCUUUACCGAGAAACAUCCGGACCCGCGGACGCAGAUUCCUCCGCUCGCACCGAUGACCAAGCUGCAGCAAAUGAAAGUGGAACACUUUCUGCGAACUCUUCGGAUGCAGGUGCAAAAGCCGUUCACAACCCGAAAGGACGUAGAUUCUAGGCUAGAGGUUUUCAAGACGAAGUUGAAGCUCUAUCUCGAAACUAGGUUGCUGCGCUUAGAGCAGUUCCUAGAAAGGGACAAAACGACUGGACGCACUCUCUUUCAGGAGAUUUGCCUUCGCGGCCUUGCGGAUUUCUAUGCCGCUCUCCGUGAGAGUACACUGGACCGCCAGAUUUUCAAUGCGCUCCACCAGGACCGCACAAAGUCCGGUUUGAACUGCCUGUUUCUGUGCGCUUUAAGUGCUCAAUCAACGGACAACGAAGACGAUGUAGUCACGCUCUUGUCCGAGUUGCUGCAGUACACACCUGUUGCCUUCGCAAAGGAACGCCUGGACAUCGGUCAAGAAACGAACAUCGCUGAGGCUGAUGGAUUCACUAGUGCAAAUUUUGGUCUCGAUUUGCGAAAGAUGACAUCGACUACUCUUAGUAUGCACGGGAUAUUGGACCAGAAGCACGCAGCGGAUACGCUGAGCUACCUCAGCGCUAACUGGAUGAGGGAUAAGCUCACGCAAAUUGGAGCGCCUCGACAAUCUUGAAGUGCCUACAGCGGCCCAGUGUGAAAAUAGAUGCUCCCCAUCUCAACGUCAACCUCAAAAAGUUCAAGUGUAGUAGUAGUAGGUCUAGUAAAGCUGAGGGGCGUUGUGAAGAACUGAUAUAAGUAGAUAUGAAGCCUAAUCAUGGGAUGUCUACGCUAUUGUCUACCAAUCUCAAACUGAAAUAGAAGACAAGUCUCGAGUACUUAGUUGAAUAAAACCACGACUACUCAUCUCUUACUUACCAAUCUCAAACUAUAAAUCUCAAACGCGAUUGAUUGAAUUCAAGGCGGGUCAAUCUCCGUAGCUGUAAGUACUAGCGAUCGUUAGCGUCACCAAUCUCAAACUUAAAUAAAAGUGUAGGUGAGCACUUACCUACUUAAGCAAAACGCAACUCAUUAGUCUAAGAAUCUGAUAGAUUGCCACUUCAUACCCAAACUCAACAUCAUGACAUCUUCGCGAUUCUAUAAAUAUUACCCACUCAGAAAAUAGAACCGUCCAAAUUUGAGUAUUUUUUUUUCACGCGUCACAUUAUCGACAAAAUCACAAGAGCAACACGAUACAAAAGCAGCUACC